AUGCAAAGGAGCUCCAGACAAGCUGAAAUGAUGAAAAGGCAGGUACUGUUUCUCUUCUUGCUGUCUUUGUUGUGCGGGGCCAUCUCCCAGCAGACACAGUACAUGAUUCCAGAGGAGCUGGCCAAGGGAUCCAGGGUGGGAAACCUCGCCAAGGAUCUGAGACUCAGUGUCCAGGAGUUGCCAGCCCGAAAGCUGCGGGUUAGUGCAGAAGAAUUUUUCAAUGUGAAUAUGGAGAGUGGGGACUUGUUAGUGAGCGGUAGGAUAGAUAGAGAGAAGAUUUGUGGGAGAAAAUCUAAGUGUGCACUAGAAUUUGAAGUUGUCGCUGAAAACCCAAUGAAUGUGUUCCAUGUGAUUGUUGCAAUCCAAGAUAUUAAUGACAAUGUGCCACAUUUCAUUGCAAAAGGCAUUGACUUAGAAAUCUGUGAGUCAGCAUUACCAGGAGUAAAAUUCCCACUGGAUUCUGCACAGGAUGCAGAUGUAGAAAGUAACUCAUUGAAAGUUUACGCCAUCAACCCCAAUGACUACUUCUCUCUGUCAACAAAAGAAAGUCCCGAUGGAAGUAAAUACCCAGAAUUACUGCUGGAAAAACCUCUGGACAGAGAACAGCAGAGUUUCCACCGCUUAACCCUGACUGCCGUGGAUGGCGGGGAGCCCCCUCUCAGUGGUACCACCCAGAUCCAGAUCCGGGUCAUGGAUGCCAAUGAUAAUGCUCCAGUGUUCAGCCAGGACACAUACAGAGUUAGACUCCAAGAAAACGUGCCCUGGGGAACCUCUGUGCUGUGUGUGAAGGCCACUGACCAGGAUGAGGGUGUUAAUGCACAGAUCACCUAUGCCUUCCUCAAUGCCCCAACAAGUACCAACUUCCUCUUUAAUCUCAAUCCAAACACUGGUGAUAUCACAACCAAUGGUACAUUGGACUUUGAAGAGACAAGUAUAUAUAUGUUGGCUAUAGAAGCCAAGGAUGGAGGAGUACACACAGCUCACUGCAAUGUUCAUAUUGAAAUUGUCGAUGAGAAUGACAAUGCACCGGAGGUGACAUUUAUGUCCUUUUCUAACAAGAUUCCCGAAAACUCAGACCUUGGAACUGUAAUAGCCCUCAUUAAAGUGCAUGACCAAGAUUCUGGGCAAAAUGGUCUGGUGACAUGCUAUAUUCAGGAAGAAGUUCCCUUCAAAUUAGAAUCCACCUCCAAGAAUUAUUACAAGCUGAUGAUUGAAAGUGCUUUAGACCGGGAGCAGAUAGCAGAGUACAAUAUCACCAUCACAGCUGCUGACAAGGGCAAGCCAUCCCUCUCCUCCAGCACCACCAUCACAGUACACAUCGGUGACGUCAAUGACAACGCCCCGGUUUUCCAACAGUCCGCCUACCUGGUUCACGUAGCUGAGAACAACACACCUGGAGCCUCCAUCGCCCAAGUCAGCGCCUCUGAUCCCGACCUGGGACCCAACGGUCAAGUAUCCUACUCCAUCGUGGCCAGCGAUCUGGAGCCUCGGGCGCUGUCAUCCUUUGUGUCCGUGAACCCACAGAGCGGCGUGGUGUUCGCUCAGCGCUCCUUCGACCACGAGCAGCUGCGCGCCUUCCAGCUGACGCUGCAGGCUCGCGACCAGGGCUCACCCGUGCUCAGCGCCAAUGUCAGCCUGCGGGUGUUGGUGGCCGACCACAACGACAACGCGCCAAGGGUGCUUUACCCGGCGCUGGGGCCCGACGGCUCUGCGCUCUUCGACACAGUGCCGCGCGCCGCGCAGCCGGGCUAUCUGGUCACCAAGGUGGUGGCGGUGGACGCCGACUCGGGACACAAUGCCUGGCUGUCCUACCACGUGCUGCAGGCCAGCGAACCUGGACUGUUCAGCCUGGGGCUGCGCACGGGUGAGGUGCGCACAGCGCGUGCUUUUGGUGAAAGGGACGCUGUCCGUCAGCGCCUGCUGGUCGCUGUGCGAGACGGGGGACAGCCGCCUCUCUCAGCAACUGCCACGCUGCUCCUAGUCUUCGCUGACAGCCUACAAGAGGCCUUGCCGGACCUCAGCGAACGUCCCACACCCUCUGACCCCCAGGCUGAGUUGCAAUUUUAUCUGGUGGUGGCCUUGGCCUUGAUCUCCGUGCUCUUCCUCCUGGCGGUGAUUCUGGCGGUGGCCCUGCGCCUGCGACGCUCCUCCAGUGCUGCUGCUUGGGGCUGCUUUCAGCCUGGUCUCAGUUCCAAGUCUGCACCUGGGGUUCUUCCCAAUUACAGUGAGGGGACUUUGCCCUAUUCCUACAACCUGUGCGUUGCUUCCCAGUCAGCUAAGACAGAGUUUAAUAUUCUCAACGUGACCCCGGCAGUGGCUCCCUCUCAGGAUCUCCUGUUUGAAGAUCCUGUGGAUGUAUGUGCCAGUAAUGAAGACCCCCAAGUGGCAUAUGACUCCUCUCUUUCCUCACACGUGAGUUUCUGCAAACCUACUUAA